AUGCCUCCCACCGUCCUUCCGGCUUCCGGAAAUCCACUGGUAUUCUUCGACAUCACACUUGGAGGUGAACCCUUGGGCAGAGUCACCUUCGAGCUCUUCAAGGAUGUGGUGCCCAAGACGGCAGAGAACUUCCGCCAGUUCUGCACCGGCGAGUCGAAGAAUCACCUGGGAAGACCACAGGGCUACAAGGGGUCCAAGUUCCACCGCAUAAUUCCCGGCUUCAUGUGCCAGGGCGGCGACUUCCUCAACGGAGAUGGCACAGGCUCGACUUGUAUCUAUGGCUUGAAGUCGUUCGCUGAUGAGAACUUCAAUUUGAAACACGAACAACCAGGGCUGCUAUCCAUGGCGAACGCAGGGCCCAACACCAACGGAUCCCAAUUCUUCAUCACCACGGCGCCCACGCCUUUCUUGGAUGGCAAGCACGUCGUCUUCGGGAAGGUAGUCGACGGCUUUGACAUUGUUCAGAAGAUGGAGCACACAAAGACAGGCUACAAGGGCAAGGAUGUCCCAAACAUGGACGUAGUCAUCUCCCAGUGUGGCGAGAUGUAA